AUGACUGAAAGCACAAGUGUAGGAUUUCCAGCUUUCAUAGGUCAUAUAAUCAAACCACGUUUUAAAAUAAAUACAACAAUUUGUGGCCAGUUACAGCAAUACUAUGCUCUCACAUUGAUUAAUAAUGAUUUCAAUAAUUGUGAAAAUGGAGAAUCUAAUAAUGGAUCUAUUAGUAUGGAAACAUGUAGACUUACAAGGAAUGAUGGAAAGGUGCAAUCAUAUUGUGGUCUGAAAUUACAAAAUUCUCAAAGACAAUCUUCAACCAACAUUGGGCUCAAUUCUAUCAGUGCACAAUCUGCUACUUUUAUUGCAAGAAAUGGAACAACACAAACUUAUUGGGCACUGAAGUUAGUAGACACUAUGGCAUUACAAAAAAACAGUAUGCAUCAUGUGAUAGACGAAGCAGGUCCCAGCCGCAUUCCUUCGCAUUUGCCUAAUUCUGGUACACAGAACAUACAUGAUGCUGUAUCCAAUGCAAAUGAGGUUUUGGGAAAAAAGAAAGAAACCAGUUCAGUAGCAAAAGCAUUUCGCAUGGCACGAAAUUGGACUGUGCAAAAUAAUGAGAACAAUUGUCGAAUCCGGUUAAUAGGUCAAGGAAGACAAGCGAGUCAAUAUAAUAGACCUACCGUGUCUGAGGUUGCUGUAUUGGUAACAAAUGAUUUUGAUGAAAAUACAGAACCAAGGGAUAUCAUAGUUAGAGCAAGACAAGGUGGAUUGCAACGAAUUUCAGAAUUACAUCAGCUGUAUAUAGCAUUACAGUAUCCUCUACUAUUUCCUUAUGGUGAAACAGGGUAUCAUGAGCAUAUACUCUAUCAUAACAAUACUGGACCGACAAAAACAAAAUGGGAAACUGUUAUAAUGAGGGAAUUCUAUUCUUACAGAAUUCAUUAUAGGCAUAAUGAGUCAACAACAAUACUAAGAGGUGGCAGGCUUUAUCAACAAUACCUGGUUGAUUCCUAUACUACAGUUGAAGAAGAACGUCUGAGAUAUACACGAACUCACCAAAAAGAGUUACGUGCAGAUGUCUAUAAUAAUGUAUGUGAUGCUGUGACAAAAGGAGACACUCAAGCUAAAGCAAUUGGGAAGAGAAUUGUCUUACCUGCUACCUUCACAGGAAGUCCAAGGUACAUGAUGCAGAAUUACCAAGAUGCUAUGGCUCUUUGUUGGGCAUUCGGGAAUCCAGACCUCUUCAUUACCUUUACAGCAAAUCCACAAAGGCUUGAGGUUGGUAAAAUGGUAUCACUAAUCAACGGGCAACCGACACAUGAACGGUCUGAAAGUGUUACCCGCGUUUUCAAAAUGAAAUUGGAUAUCUUGAUGGAAGAUAUUAUGAAAAAGAAAAUAUUUGGUGCAUGUAAAGCAGGCAUUUAUACAAUUGAAUUUCAAAAGCGAGGGCUCCCCCAUGCACAUAUUCUGAUCUGGCUUGAUGUUGCUGCAAAAUGUAAAACUCCAGAAGAAAUAGAUGAUCUGAUAUCAGCAGAAAUACCGUUGCAGAGUGAAGAUCCAGAUGGUCAUGAAGCUGUUGUAGAGUUCAUGUUACACGGUCCAUGUGGUGUUGAUUCACCAAAUGCAUCAUGCACAUUUAACACUACAUGUCUAAAACACUUUCCAAAACCUUUUUACCAAUCAACCACUAUUGACGAUGAUGGAUACCCUGUUUAUCGCCGGAGAAAAAAUAAUGUAUCUGUAAUGAAAGGUAAAGCAGUGCUCCUCAAUGGUUUUGUAGUUCCUUACAAUCGCUUCCUGUUACUUAAGUACCGAGCACACAUUAAUGUGGAGUGGUGUAAUCGAUCUCGGGCAAUCAAAUAUUUGUUCAAAUACCAUAACAAAGGGCCAGACAGAGUAACAAUGGUCGAAGCAGAAAAUGUUGUAAGGACUGGUCCAUCUGCAGAAGAAAAAAUAGUGCACAUUGAUGAAAUCAAAAACUAUCAGGACUGCCGGUAUUUAUCACCCUGCGAAGCGGUAUGGCGAAUGUUUGCGUUCAUAUCCACUAUUCCUAUCCUGCAGUUAUUAGGUUGA